GCUCCCCUGCUCUCUGGACUGAACCAGAGUACCAGAACAACCAAAACCAGAGAACCAGACUACCAGGACUACCAGGACUGUGGUGCAUACAUGUCUACUCUAGCUAAAGCCAUGUCCAAGUUCCGGCUGGCUGUGGUCCAGCUGCAGGUGACCAGCGUGAAGGCGGACAACCUGAGCAGAGCCCGGAGGCUGGUGAAGGAGGCGGCGGGACAGGGGAGCCAAGUGGUGCUGCUGCCGGAGUGCUUCAACUCUCCGUACGGGACCAGCUUCUUCUCUCAGUACGCCGAGAGGAUCCCAGGAGAGUCCACUCAGGUUCUGUCAGAGGCAGCGAGGGAGAACCAGGUCUACCUAGUGGGAGGAUCCAUCCCUGAGGAGGACGGAGGGAAGGUGUAUAACAGCUGUACGGUGUUCGGACCUGAUGGGGAGCUCAUUCUCAAACACAGGAAGAUUCACCUCUUCGACAUCGACGUUCCAGGAAAGAUCCGCUUCCAGGAGUCGGAGAUUCUGAGUCCAGGAGACAGUUUGUCCAUGUUCGAGACACCGUUCUGUAAAGUAGGCGUGGGGAUCUGCUACGACUUGAGGUUUGCGGAGCUCGCUCAGCUCUACAGCAGGAAAGGAUGCCAGCUGCUGGUCUACCCCGGAGCCUUCAACAUGACCACCGGACCGGCUCACUGGGAGCUCCUUCAGAGGGGCAGGGCGCUUGAUAACCAGGUAUACGUGGCCACGGCGUCUCCAGCCAGAGAUGAAGCGUCUUCGUACAUCGCCUGGGGUCACAGCACUGUUGUUAACCCAUGGGGGGAAGUCAUCUCAAAGGCCGGACCGGAGGAGGCGGUUAUUUACUCCGACAUUGACCUGCAGUAUUUAGCCGACAUCCGGCAGCAGAUCCCGAUCACGACUCAGCGGCGUGACGACCUCUACACGGUGACGACUGUGCCGGGAGGAGCGAGCUGAACGCCGUCACCUCGAGGAAAGAAGGCGCGAAGGUGCAACGAGGGUUGACCCCUCUGAGUCUAAUGUUUUGGUCCUAAUCGACGGAGGUUUCUUUAGUUGAUUAGUCGUUUUUGAUGCUGAAUGAAUUAUUUCUAAGAACCUUCUGAGCUCAUCUCUGGUAAACACCAGAUCUAAAGUGGUGCUUUUGUGUGAUUCUUUGUCUUUUUAAAUUAACUAAUUGAUUAGUUGACAAAAUCAUAUGUGUGUUUUGGUAAAAACAUUUGUUUUUUUCGGAAAUUUUUCAGACAUUUGUCGGACAUUUAAAAAAAAAAAAACGUUUUUUUGACUAUUUUUCGGAUAUUUUUAUUCCAUUUUUCAGACAGGUCUCUGUACAGAUAUGAUGUACUAUCGUAGUUCUGGGUGACAACAGACACAUACAAGCUCUAUUUAUCCUCCAUGUUAUGAUUCAACAACAUCAGGACAAAUUUGCAUCUAUUUGCCUCUUUGCAUCGACUCUGUAUGUAAUCGUGCUGAGAGCAAAGUUCACUUCCCUCUCAAUGUGAAUACACCGUUUCUUUUGUGGAGUCGGCCGUAGCACCGACACAAACUAUGCAACAGAUCUCUGCUGCGAACACCGUCUCCCUCUGAAGCUCCAGACUUCAUCGUCUUAACUGUGGAAACAAGAGAAACAGUCGGGUUGGUGACGGUGUCUUCUUAUUAAAGAUGGAACUGUGGUUUGUUUUGUGUGACGUCUGGAGCUGAAAUGAUUAGUUGAUCAAUAGAAAUUGAUGAUUGGUCAUCAGUUAAUCAUCAAGUAAAGAUAAAUGUGCAAUAAUAAUAAUACAGUAUUACUGGAAACUGAACCUUCUUGAUGAAUGCACCAGUAAAAAAUAAGAAAUACAACAGAUUGUACUGAUUGUGGCACCAGAGAGGUUUCUAAUGUAAAUUGUCAUAUUUUCUGUCAUGAUUGAAAAAUCUGUAAAAAAUGUAAAUAAAACGUCUCCAGGCGGA